AUGUCAGAAGCCUUCAACUCAGUAUUUGUAGUUGCGACAGUCAAGCCUAUUGUGACUAUGUUUGAAGAGAUAAGAGUGUACUUGAUGCAAACUUGGGAGUCCAACAGACAAAAGAUUUCCAAAUAUGUUGAUACCAUUCUGCCAAAUAUCACAAAGAAGUUGGAAAAGGAAUCACAAAGAACAAACAAUUGGAUUGUUAGGUGUGCAGGUGAAAUAGACUACAGGGUUAGGCAUAUAUCACUCAUAGAAGAAAAGUUUGUUGUUAAUCUAUCAAGCAUGAGUGUUCAUGUAGAAGGUGGAUGUUGA